AUGGUAGUCAUGUUGAUCCACCGCAUUGGUCCCAGGGUUAGCAUCCGUGAGUGCCUUGCUGGCAAUUCACUGGGCACUUCCAUUAGCAAGCGGAAAAUUUCUGUAUUUCAAGGUGUGUCUGAGACGCUGAUCCACAUUCACAGUGCUUCCAGCCUACCCUGGGUGGUGCUCAUACCGCUGGGAACUAUCCUACUCAGGACUGUAACUACGUUGCCGUUGAGUGUAUGGCAGAGAAAGAGAAUCGUAAAGCAGCAGGAGCUGAGAAAGCUAGUACAAGCGAUUCCACCCGUAACUAAACUGAGGCUGGCUGCAUCCACGGCAUCUAGAAGCGAGAACUCAAUCACCAGCUCUGGCAGUGCCACCGGCGAACUGCCGAACGGUGGCUCCACUGCAAGAAGUCGAACACUCACGCCUGAGCAGAUAACACUCUUGGCCGUGAAGGAGACCAGGAAAAGACAGAAGAGAUUGUUUGCCAAAUAUAAUGUACAGAUGUGGAAGAACGCCGUUCUACCUCUGGUUCAGAUGCCACUUUGGGUAACCUUAUCGAUGGGCAUCCGCUCAUUGACCGAGAAGAGACUACUCGAGACGAAUACCGGGCAAUUGCUAAACUCAAUCGUUCCGCCAACCUUGGACCUGAGUCUGCCGCUGGAACCGCUACCGAUGCUAGUGCCGUUGAUUCUCGGCUCUUUGGCGCUGAUCAACGUGGAAUACAAUGGCAAAGCACUAAGCAGCACUCGGGCUUCGAAUGCUGGCAUUGUGCUGGCGACCGACGAGCACUCCCGUGCCGCGCAAGGCAUGGCAAGUAUUCUGAAUAUCUCGAGAUUCGGUUGCAUUUUCAUGAUGGGAAUUUCGUCCCAGGCGCCUCUUCUGCUGUCGCUCUACUGGAUAAGCUCUCAGCUCUAUUCCUUCACCCAGAAUCUUAUCUUGAAUUGGCUAUGGCCAUAUGAGAGGUGA